CUGCAUUAGGGUCAGCGGUGAUUCAAAGCCAGAUACUAGCCAGUCUAGGAGUCGGCAGAGCUAAGGCAACUGUUGCCUCCGCCAGCAGUUUGGGACUUUUCAAGAGGCAGGGGUGGGGCUGACGAGCUCCAAGUCAUCUGGGUGUGUGCGACCUGGUCCCGGGAGACGCAAGCAGGGAAGGGGUUUUGCUUGUUCUGCUUUUGGGAUUUAAUUGUUUUGAUCCUGCUGAACUCUACCACCAGCCACUGCCAGUCUUCCUCUCUCCCCAGGUCUGAGUUCCUCUGACAGCCCAAACCGAAAGACUCAGGUGCUUGGGUCAUCCCUGCGCAGAUCGAAUGACAGACACUUUGAGUGAGUGGAUGGUGCCUAGCUGCAGAGACCAGCUUCCCUGACUCAAGGCAUACCUACAUCGCUGGUGCCCCAGAGUGUGUGUCUCACGUGCAAGUUUUGGGGCAUUCCACGAAUACCAGUUUAGGAAGAGCCCAAGUCUGGAGGCCAUUCUCAGAUCCUUGCCAUAAGGGUAGGAGUGUCGGGGAGCUGCCAUCAUGCUGAAGCAGAUACUGGCAGACAUGUACAUUGAUCCUGAAUUGUUGGCUGAGCUCAGUGAAGAACAGAAGCAAAUCCUGUUCCUCAAGAUGAGGGAGGAGCAGAUCCGCAGGUGGAAAGAGAGAGAAGCAGCUCUGGAAAAAAAAGAGGCGGGAUCCCCGGGGAAAUCCAGACCCAAGAAAGAGAACAGAAAAACCGUAAAUUGGAAGCUUGGUGCAGAUAAAGAAGUCUGGGUAUGGGUAAUGGGAGAACACAAACUCGAUAAACCUUAUGAUGUCAUCUGUGAUGAAAUCAUUGCUGAGCGGGCGAAGCAGCAGCAAGCCCAGGAAGAAGAUGAGGAGCUCAGACAAACUCAAGCAAAAGAAUCCUCUAAGACUUCCAGGCCUCAGUCGCUGCAUUCUGAUUCAAAAGCACUGAAAAAUUGGGAGGUCCCCAAUGCUUCUAAAAGAAUAGACAAUGAUAAGGAAUCAGGGCCAGAAACUAGGAAAGCUUCAACGCCAGAAGAAGAGAAAAUUCAGUCACCCUCCAGUUCAUCAAGAAAUAUCCAGCAGAUGUUGGCAGAUUCCAUCAAUCGUAUGAAAACCUAUGGAUUUCAACAGCAGAAGAAAGAAACAAUAAGGAAAAAACAAGAUGAUGAGUUGAGACAAGUGGAAGAAGAGAAAACCAGACAGAUUUGUAAGAAUUGGAAAGAAACCCAGAAGUCCAACAAGGAAGAACGAGAGUGGCAGGAGUCUCUGCGGAGAUCCAAAGCAGCUGAUGAGAAGAGGCGUUCUAUUGCUAAACAAGCUAGAGAUGACUAUAAGAGGUUAUCCCUGGCUGCCCAGAAAGGGAAGAAUGAUGGAACCCAGAGCUCCCAAGGUGUUGCACAGAAACCAAGAAGACCUCCUCUUCCUCCAAAACCUCAAUUGCUCAAUCCAACAGGUCUGCCUGGAAAAAAGCCUCACAGAAAUCAAGGAGUGAAGAGAUCUGUGUCCCACUCAGCCCAAGAAAACAUCGUCACAUGGUUUAAGGAGGAGCAGAUCCCACUGCGAGCUGGCUUUGAGAAAAAUUCAGACACGAUUGCUCCAUGGUUCCAUGGAAUUCUUACUCAAAAGAGAGCAAAUGAGCUCUUGAGUACCCAAGUCCCUGGCAGCUUUCUGAUCCGAGUCAGUGAGAAGAUAAAAGGCUAUGCUCUGUCCUACCUCUCCAAGGAGGGCACCAAACACUUCCUGAUUGAUGCCUCCACCGAUUCCUACAGCUUCCUGGGAGUGGACCAGCUACAGCAUUGCACUCUGGCAGAUUUGGUCGAAUAUCACAAGGAAGAGCCCAUCACGUCCCUGGGGAAAGAGCUUCUGCUCUACCCCUGCGGCCAGCAGGACCAGCCGCCCGACUAUCUGGAUCUCUUUGAGUGACACACCGACCAGUCUCUGUCCUUCGGCGUGUGGCUCAGAGCGCGGAUUUCUUCAGUCUGCAGAAAGGCCCCCGACGAUGCUGGACGACGCUGUUCCCUCAGACUCCAAAGACUGAUGUCGGGGGAAGUCGCCUUCUGUUCCUCGUGUUCUCCAGGGAAGCCGGAAGACUUCAAGUAGCUAAGCACGCAGAGAGCAGCCUCGCUGAGCCCCAUGAAGGAAAACAGAGCCCGAGGGGAAGCCCUGGGAAGUAAGAUGUCUUUCAAAAGCCAGACUGACCCCAUGAUCGUCUCCUCUUGGCACGAGUUCAAAAGGCUGCGGGGUUCCUCAGGGCUGCUCACUCGAACUCAAAUUGCUUUUUAAAAAAUAAUAAAGGCGGGCCGUGUAGUAUUGUGGAAAGGCGGGCUGGGUUAGAGUCACCAAGGCGGAGGGUCAACUCUGCCUCCGACACGUCUCCUCUCCGUGCCCGGGCAGCUCUCUAAGGCCAGACGAGGUCCCUGAAAAGCAUUUUCAUGCUGGGAGUUCCCUCGUCCGUCGAAAUUAUAAAUCCUGACCAAAAAAAAAAAGAAUAGAAGAAGCCAAAAGCUCCCUUUGGUGUUGAUAGUCUUUGGAAUCCUGUAGGAAAGAAAGAUGGAAAAAAUUCAGACGUGGAAAGACAGAAAUUUGAACUGAAUGGUGGAAAACUUUGCCUCGUUUGUAAAUGCGCGUGAAUUUCAGGUGAGUCCCUUAAGGUCCCUCAGCCACAGCCUCCCGUCUUCCAAGGGGACGUAGAAACAGACGCCUGCCCGCCUACCUCCCGGAGCUGUUCGAGAUCAGAGGAGCUGCGUGGAGUGCCAGCAUUGGAAAGCGCGCUUUCCCACGGGUGCGCUUCCAUGUCUGGGCGCCUAGUGGAGAAUGGCCGGGUGCGUGAGUGGGAGUCAUGCUUUCAUGCUGCUUCCGGUCACACGCGCUCUUCAGGAGCCCCCUUUGAGUGAAUGAGGACGAAGUCCGUCUAGCCUCAGGAGGCCAGUAGACACUGACGCCCUCAGGGAGAUGAAUUUCUGCCCUCUCAUCCUCCCACCCAGGCGUGGCCUCCAGGGCCAGGGGUCCAGGCUACCUCGGAGCCCCCUGGAGAGGAGGCUUUCCAGGCUCCCAGAAUAUCCGAGCAGGAAAGGACCUCGGACACGAUCCAGUGCAGCCCAUAGUGCAACAAGAAUCCCAACGCCAAGAGGGAGUCAAGAAGGCCUCUCCCAGCUUUUUCUCCGAAGCCCUCCAGGAAGGAAAAGAUGCUACAGGAAAUAGAGUUCUGGGUCUAGCGUUAGGCACUCCUGAGUUCAAAUCCAGCCUCACACAUGAACUGUAUGACCUUGGGCAAGUGACUGAAUCUCUAUUUGCCUCAGUUUCCCCAUCUUUUAAAUGGGGAUCAUAAUCACACCUACCUCCCAGGGUUGUUGAAAGGAUCAAAAAAGAUAAUCAUUAUAAAGCAUUUAGCACAGAGAAGAAUGCAUAGUAAAUGCUAAAUGAAUGUUAUCUAUUAUUAUUAUUUAGGCAGCCCAUUUCCACGUUUUGGGGAUGUCUUGUUUUUGAACUUUCCUUCCUUCAUCGAGCCUAGAUCUGACCCUUAUCUUCUGUCUUAGAAUCACUACUAUGUAUUGGCUCCAAGGCAGAAGAGUGGUAAGGGCUAGGCAAUGGGGGUCAAGUGACUUGCCCAGGGUCACACAGCUGGGAAGCGUCUGAGGCCAGAUUUGAACCCAGAAUCUUCUGUCUCUAGGCCUGACACUCAAUCCACUGAGCUACCCAGCUGCCCCACAGAUCUGAUUUUUUUUUUUGCCAUUUGCAGCUAAGUUCUACUCCCACCUCAAGAUUAAAUGAGACAAAUCUAUUUUCAUUUUCACCUAAUGGGCUUUCAAAUGCUUUAACAGAGCCAGCAUGGCUCCCCUGAGCAUCUUCAAUUCUUUGAACCGGUCGUCCUCUGGCACAGACUCCAGACCCCUUCACCCCCAUGAGAUAACCAGCCCUCCUCCAGAUAGACCAAUCCAUGUCCUCCCUUUGUGUCACCUAAAAGAAUUUCUUCAGGGGACAGCUGAGUGGAUGGAGAGUCAGGCCUAGAGACAGGAAGUCCUGGGUUCAAAUCUGCCCUCAGACACUUCCCAGCUGUGUGACCCUGGGCAAGUCACUUGACCCCCAUUGCCUAGCCCUCACCUCUCUCUGCCUUGGAACCAAUACACAGUAUUAACUCCAAGACAGAAGGUAAGGGUUUAAAAAAAUAAUAAUAAUAAAUAAGCAUUCCUUCACCAACAAUUGGGAAUUGCUAGCUACCUCAGAAUCAGAAUUGUCUAUCCGAAGGAACAGCAGAGAUCCUGGAAUUGAGCCCCCCUCAUUGAAGACAUGAAGAAACUGAAGUCACCCAAGGGGGAGUGACUUGCUUAAGGUCACCCCCACAACCUAUCCUGGCACUCCUGUCAAGGAGCCUCUUUGUACCAACGGAAUGGCUUGUCAUUGAUAGUUAAAAUGCCUUUUUAACAGGAUGAAGCACAGUUAGGCAAGGAAGCUUUAGGUAUUUAUUUGCUUUUAAUAAAGAAAGUUUUCAAUUCCAAUCCAUUGUGAAGUUUUCCCUGAAUCAUUCCAUGUAGAUAAUAAAUACAUACACACAUAGAAAACCUUUUCCUUCUAUCUUAAAACCAAUACUGCUCAUGGAUUCUAAGUCAGAAGAGUGGUAAGGACUAUGCAAUUAGGGAAGUGCCUUGCCUAGGAGCACCUAGCUAAGCAGCAUCUGAGGCCAGAUUUGAACCCAGGACCUCCUCUAUCUCAGACCGGCUCUCUCUCCACUGAGCUACCUAGCCAUCCCCAUUCCAUAUUUUUUUUUAAACCCUUACCUUCCAUCUUGGAGUCAAUACUGUGCAUUGGCUCCAAGGCAGAAGAGUGGUAAGGGCUAGGCAAUGGGGAUCAAGUGACUUGCCCAGGGUCACACAGCUGGGAAGUGUCUGAGGCUAGAUUUGAACCUAGGACCUCCCAUCUCUAGGCCUGGCUCUCAAUCCACUGAGCUACCCAGCUGCCCCCUCAUUCCAUAUAUUUUUAAAGGAAUUAAAUUUGAUUGAUUUUAAAGAAUUUAAACCUUUGCCUAUUUACCUUAGCUUCUCUUUCUUAAUACAUCAUCCUACAGGGUUGUAUCAUUACAUGGACUCAUAAAUAGCCCCUGGCUAGCUGCCCUGGCCCCGAGAAAGAUCUUUAUCUUCUCCGGGCCUCCGUUUACUCAUCUUUAAAUGGGAAAUUGGUCUGGAUGGGCUUGAAGGUCAUUUCUCGCCCUCACGGCUUAUGCUCCUAGUGCUAUUCCUUAACGGGGAAAAGAUGAAGCGAGUCCAUAACCUCCCUGCGGCCAUUCAUGAAAGGCACGUUCGUGAAAGGGGAAACAGCGCGUCCUCGCAGAGCCUUUCCGGGAGAUCUGUGCAGUCACAGGAAAGGCGGAAGGGCUCCUGAGAGCCACUAGGUACCACAUGAGGCGAGAAGGCACCACGCCCUGAAAUGAAUUAUCCCCAGCUUCACCGCACCGGGGUUGGCCAGGGGGGCAGCCAUGGUGAUCCAGAAGAGUGAGCUGAGAGUUUGGCGAGCCUGGAAAACUUGCCUGGCCGCCAUUGGCACGCUGGGGGCUGCUUAGUAGUCAGCAACAGGCGAAAAAACAAAUGAAUCCUGUCCAGGACCUGGACUCCAGUCUUGGCUCUUCGGCUAAUCAAUGCUAUUUCGACGAGAGGCAAGUCACUUUGCCUUUUUUGGGCCUCAGUUUCCCCACCGAUAAGCUACAGUUCGGUCAUUAGAAAACCUUUGUGAGGAAUGGAACCCAGUACAGAACGUGCGUGUGGAACCUCUCUAGAGAUUCAUUUGGGACAUAAUGAAGGGGUGUGUAGUGUAUAUAUUUUACAUGAGGAUUUCAUAUGGACGAGAAUGUGUUUAUAAAUAAAACACACACAUAUAAA